AUGAGAAACUUUGAAAGAAAUUUUGUUUUUUCAAACAAUGAUAGUUUUGAUGAGUAUCAAAAAUUGACAAAUAUUGCUCAUUGGAUUUAUCCUAUUUGGUCAAUAACAUUUAUGAUCAUUGGCACACUAAGCAACUUUGUCUCGAUAAUUAUAUUUUUUCGUUGGACAAAGCGAUUCUCAAUAUAUGUUUAUUUUACUUAUCUGUGUUUAGUAAAUAUUCUAAUAAUUAAUGUUGAUAUCACAUAUCAUUAUCUUCUACCAUAUAUAACUGAUGGUCGAAUGUUCUUAAAAUAUGUUCUUCCAUUUACAUGUAAAUUUUUAGCAUUUUUCACUUUUUUUCUACGUUAUAUAUUCAUUUGGCUUAUCGUUAUGAUUAAUAUUGAUCGUUGUUUAUAUCUAACAACAGCAAAAUUAAAACUUUUGAUAUGCGAUCCGCGUUCAGCUAAUAUCAUCAGUUUAAUUAUAGUUAUUUUUUCUUUUCUUGUCAAUGCACACUUUUUCGUCUUUUUAAAAAAUCCAAUAAGAAUUGAAACGUCACCAAGAAAAACAUGCAUAUUGGAUGGCUUUUAUUACUAUUGUGAAUCAAGAAAUAGACAUUUUGAAAAUUUCUAUAAAAGUAUUUGGCCUAUUUAUAAUGUCAUCAUAUUUGCUCUUAUUCCUGUUUUUAUUAUAUUUAUUUGUUUUUUACUUAUCGUUUGUAAUAUUUAUUUAUCAAGGCGAAGAAUAUUUGAUUUUGAUAGACGUCGUGAUUCAAUUAUUUCGGCUUCAAAACAAAAUGAUUGUGUACGUUCAAUCGGAAAAAUUUUAAUUUAUCUCGAUUUACUGUUUCCACUUACCAUAUUCCCAGUACUUUUCUUUCAAAUUUACAUUAAUUAUUAUCCGCCGAAAACAUGUUUAAAUCUUGGUAUUAUUAAUUUGAUUUUGUCUAUUGGCUAUUCGAUGAGUUUUAUAAAGAAUACAUUUGCAUUUCUUAUAUUUUAUUUCACCGGUGGAAAAUUUCGUCGUGCUUUUUCAAAUUUAAUUCACCAUCAGAAUUCUUAUAUUGGCAGUUCUACUCGUUAA